CUUUCCCACACGUUCUACUCAACAAACAUUUGCUUUACUCUCUUUAUUUUCCCUUGUUUUCGCGCCCUUCGCCAUUCAGUUUCUUCCCCUUUUUCUUUGUUUUUCCUAACAAAAUGGCCUCACAAUUGCCUAGAGAUUCUGAAUCUUUUACUAAUAUUGGUGACUUCGAAGAGCUUGAAAUUACAGAAUUUCAUGAAGCCCUACUUAGGGAGUUACUUGAAGGGCCGGAGGUAGGAACGGAGGAUAACGGAUUUGGUUUCACGGAUCAGUCUGUGGAAGCUGGCGUCAAGCCAGAUUCGACCAUGGAGGCUUGUGAUUAUUGGAAGCAAGUUGACACCCGUGUCGAUGACUUCGAUUGGUUAGAGAUGAUGAAAAUAGCAACCGCAAUGCCAUGCAACGAACCGACCGUUGGGAACCCAGGUACAUACAUGGAGGAGAUGGUUGAAAUGCACGAAUUGGGUGAUCUUGAAGAGUAUUCUCAUGCCUACUAUGCAGUUUCCUCGGACGAAAUAGCUUAUGGUGGCUUGUGGCAGGACAACUAACCAUGUAAUUCUUUGAUUCAUUAAAAAGAAACAAAACUAGGGUACCAUCAUAUCAUGUUUAUGAUCCUAAAACUCAAACUUGGAUCAUGAUGAUUAUGAAAAUAGUAAAUAAUUCUUGAAAAAAAAAUUAGAAAAAUAUACGCAUACUUACACUUUCAAUGGGUAUACUUAAUGGGAUCAAGUUUUUUUCUUUUUUUUGAUUGGGGGGUAUGUUUCUGGCAUUGGAUGUUUUUUUUCUAUAACAUUUGCACUUUG